AUGGAUCACUAUGAUGCUGUAAAUUUAAGGGUCUUCAUUAAGAUUACCACUCCUGAUUCAGAAAAGUCAAUAUUCCGGGAAUUCAGAAGUAGAGAUUCCAGCCUUGAAGAUGAGGCCCGAACAAGACGGUUAAUUGAGUUUGAUGACAAGCUCAUUUUGGCCGAAUUUGAAAAAGAUCAUGCACUUUCAGUUGAAGAAUUGGUGGCAACAAUCUUCAUUCAAGCCAUACAUCUGUUCACCGCCAUCUUCAACAGCUUGGAAAGCUCCCAACGCGGAAAAUGGGUGUCUCAUUAUUUGUUGGAAGCCAACCGCAAAUCCCGAGUGAACAUCUGCUCUUCUCUUCAUUCUCGUGAACUCAUCUCGCCCAUUUUGGACAGACCAGUGACCGGUGAUGAAAAAAAGGGUCUUUUAUCAAAAUGUUAA